GUUCCUCAAGAAUCCUCCAAGAAAAUUAACCCAAUCCCAAACAACAACAACAAGAAGAUUUCUCAAAGCCUUUCAUUCAAAAAAAAAACCUUCAUGGCCUGUGAAGAAGAAGAUCAUCCCAAGCUUCAAUUCCCAUUAGAUGCAGACGCUUACAAGAUCGUUGACGAAAUCGGGAUUGGUGUUUGUGCCAUAGUUUACAAAGCCGAAUGUGUUCCAAUGAAUUCAACUGUUGUUGCCAUCAAAGCCAUUGAUCUUGAUCAGUGGAAGGCUGAUUUGGACAACAUUCGACGUGAAACCAAGAUCAUGUCUCUUCUUUCACACCCCAACAUCCUUAAUGCUCAUUGCUCUUUCACCGUUGGUCGACGUCUCUGGGUGGUGAUGCCGUUCAUGUUUGGAGGUUCUUUACAAUCCAUAAUCUCAUCUUCUUUCCCCGAUGGAUUAUCAGAGCAAUGCAUUGCCAUUGUUCUCAAAGAAACCCUCAAUGCAUUGUCGUAUCUUCACAACCAAGGGCAUUUGCAUAGAGAUAUAAAGCCUGGUAAUAUUUUGAUGGACUCGAAUGGAUGUGUUAAACUUGCGGAUUUUGGGGUUUCAGCUUCAGUUUAUGAGUCGAGUUCAAGUUAUGGAUCUGGUUCAUCGACAUCUUCAUCAUCGUCGAUGCCCACUGACGUGAAGGGAACCCCAUAUUGGAUGGCGCCGGAGAUGAUACACUCGCAUGCAGGGUAUAGUUUCAAGGCUGAUAUAUGGUCUUUUGGUAUAACCGCGCUCGAAUUAACCCAUGGAAGGCCACCUUUAUCACAAAUACCUCCUUCAAAGUCUUUGAUCAUGAAGAUUACCAAGCGGUUUGGAUUUUCUGAUUAUGAAAAUAAUAGCAAGAAAGGUAAGAGCAAGAUGUUUUCAAAGGCCUUUAAAGAUAUGGUUGCUUGUUGUCUUGAUCAAGAUCCUGGGAAACGACCAUCGGCAGAAAAGCUUUUGAAGCAUUCUUUUUUUAAGAGUUGCAACGGUUUGGAUUUUCUUGUUAAACAUGUGUUGCAUGGAUUGCCUAGUGUUGAAGAGAGGUUCAGGGUAAGCAAGAUUCUUAGGGUGGGUGUUGAUGUUGAAGUAGAUGAUGAAGAUCUUGAAGUGGAAUCAGGGUCUCCGCUUGUUAAACAGGGAAGGAUUAGUGGGUGGACCUUCAAUGAAGAUGGGUUCGAGCUUGACCCUGUAUUCCACAGCGAGUCCAAAGACGAUCCAACUGUGAAAAUGGUUCGUUUUGGUGACAAAACGAUAAUUACAGAAAGAGCAGGUGACUCCGAGGGAUCAAAUUUGAAUUUACCAGAGGCUGAGUCAAGUUUGAUUAGUUCACCGGGGGAAGUUGGGGAGGGGGGAAAUGAUGGUUCUCAUGGUGAACAAGAGUUUGGCAUUGAGGGAAUUGCAGGGGAUGAGUCUAGAGUUGAAAGUACUGCUAAUCCACAAACAAUAGUGGGUGGCCUGAUGAUAUUGAAAAAGAGUUUGGAUGAUCAAAUGCAGAAGGUGACAGAAAUGAUUAAUCUGUUUGGAGGGGAAGUGGUCAACAGAGAAGAUCAAUUGGUGCAGUUGAUUGAGAGGCUGAGGUUGGAGUUAGAGAAUGAAAAGAAAAAGAACUUUGAAUUGGAGAUACAAUUAGAGUUUCUCAAAAUACAGAUUUCUGGUGCAUCCAAAACUGAUGAAAAUCAUUGAAGUUUACCCAACCAUUACAUUUGCAAGUUAGUUGAAGAUUUGAGACAUUGCGGUGAAAUUUCAGUCUACUUUUUUUUUCUUCUUGCCUAUUGGAACCUGUUCUUUAUGUUCUUAAGGUCCAGAUAGUGUAUUACAUAUCAGAUGUGCAAAUUUGUGCUUUUAACAUAGUUAGGAAUUAGGGACAUGCCAAACAGGCCUAAUCUGAUUGCAUCUAAUGGAAUAAAUUGAA